GAGCACAGCAUGUAGCACGGCAAUGUUUACAAAAUUUUGAGUCGCAAAACGUCUCUGGACACAGUGAAGGAUACACGAGGUUGGAUAUUGAGGCGGCUUAGAACCGAAAAUAAAGUGCCCAAAUUUGGAGAAAACCUUGAAAACGUGCGCUGCGAAUAGGAAAAACAAUGGCCAGUGGAGGAAAUCAUCCGGAUCAACCACGGCAGCCCCGUAACCUACAGGGCCUGCUAAAAUUCGCCAUGGAAGCUACCAAAUCGGAAGAUGCUCCACACGAUUCACAUUUUGAACCAAUGGACGAAGAGCGGCGUCGGUUCCUGGAAGAAGCCCUUAAAUCGCUCACGCUGGACGUGGUGGAAGAGAUUGAAAAAGCAAUGAAAACACUCAUGGAUCCGGACAAGGCUGAAGAAGAUAAGGCGGAUGCUAUUGAGAUUAUAAUCGAUUUCGUUCAGGAUAUUGAUGCUGCCAAUGACUUCUUCAAAGUGGGUGGAUUCGUCAUCAUCCAGCCCGGGCUCAACUCGUCGAACACCGAUGUCCGCAGCGGAACGCUUCGCCUGGUCGCAGAGCUUUCGCAAAACAACCCGUUCUGCCAGCAGCAGCUUCUACAGUCCAAUACACUUCCCCAGAUAAUCGAACUACUCUCGGACGAACCGCCGGUGGCCACUCAAGCCAUGCACGCCAUCUCCUGUAUGGUCCGACACCACGAACCAUCGCUGGCGGCUUUCAUAGACAUGGGAGGCCUCGAGUGCAUUCUGGGUUGCAUUCAGACCGAUAACGAAAAACUGCGCAUCAAAUCGUCGUUCCUGAUGGCCAAUCUGUGUACGGAGCUGGCGGCCGUGCGGGAUGAGUUCAUCAAGUUGAAUGCUGUAGAGCGGGUGGUGGCCGCCAUUCGGCCAUCGAAACAAUUUGAACCCAAACUGGAGACUGCUCUGUCGACGUUGAACGUACUAACCGAAAGCGACGAAGGCGUUCGUCGGUGUCAGGAUUCUAGUUUGCAGCUGAAAGAUAAGUUGGAACUGAUUUUGAAGUUGAACCACGGGAAGGACGAAUGCUUGGAACAGAUUGAAUAUGCGAAUACAUUAUUGAAGCGAUGUUUUUCCGAUGAUAAUUGUAGCACCGAUCGAUAAAUUAAAAUAUAGAGUGUUUUCCUGUUCUACAGUAAGGCUAACGCAAGUUGAAGACUAA